AUGGCGGAUGUCGAUUUCGGUGACAGCGAACUGUUUGAGCAGUUCGAGGAUAAUAGGCCAGUACCAGUGCAUACACAUUUUUCAGAUGCCGAAGACGAUCCAGGUGAACUCUCUGAACUCCGGGAGAAAUUAGCGGAAUACGAAGAUACCAUAGACCGGCUAAAAACAGAGAAUCAGGAGCUAAGGAGGAAGCUGAAUGUUCUGAGUCGACCUCCAGGUGUCCUCAUAGAAAAUGCUAAAAUUGAUGGCCCACUUCUCCAAAUUCUUUUUGGAAAUAAUAGCAUCUCCAAGCAGUGUCAUCAGGAGAUUGAGGACUUCAUCUUUAGUCUGGUCCAGAGACACCAGCAGCAGAGGAGCAAUGAGAGAGAGGGUUCGGCCACGAACGCCAGCCCUCAGUGUUCUAGUUUUGUCAUGGAGGAGAGAUACAAAGUGGACACAUCAGCCACGUCAGUGACCCUUAAAAAGAUCAAGGAUGCUUUCAGUGUGGUGGGAAGUGUGCUUUAUUUUACCAGUUUCUGUCUGGAUAAACUCGGCCAGCCCCUGCUGAAUGACAACCCUCAGCUGACCGAUGGCUGGGAAGUCCCCAAAUAUCAGCAGGUCUUUGGCCAGGUCAUUGCCUUGGAAGGUGAAGAAAUACAGAUUAAGGAGAAAAGGCCCAGGCCUUGCUGUUUUAAUUGUGGUGCUGAAGACCACCAACUCCGAGACUGUCCAAAGCCCAAAGACAUGGCUCGAAUCAGUGAGAAGCGGAAAGAAUUUUCACAGGGAAACAAUCAGAGCAACCAGCGCUACCAUGAGGAGGAGGUGGAAGAGCGCUUUGCUAAGUUUAAACCAGGGAGAGUAAGUGAGGAGCUUCUGGAUGCACUCGGGGUUUCAGAGAACACUCUUCCGCCCUUCAUUUACCGAAUGAGGGAACUGGGCUACCCCCCAGGCUGGCUGAAGGAAGCAGAGAUGGAGAACUCAGGCCUCACACUCUAUGACGGAAAGACAUCGAGUGAUGGAGAAGAGAACAGUAGCCAUGGCCAGAAAGUGUCCUAUGAUGUCUCCAAACUAGUGGAUUUCCCCGGUUUCAAUGUAACUGCACCAUCAGGGGUAAAAGAUGAGUACAGGAUGUUUGGCUCCAUCCCAAUGCAGCACCAUCACAUGAAACAUAAUUUUGCUGCGUAUUUGUCCAGUGCUUAUCCUACGCCUGGGUCAAACUGCAAUAAGAGACGUCACGGGUCUGAAUCAAGCCCUCACCAGACCAAAAAACGGCGGUCCAACCCAGAGUCCUCCAGAGGUUCGGACAUGGAUGUUGACACAGAUCAGGAAAGCCCUGCCCGCCCAUGGAGUUCAGAUGGCUUCCAGUUUCAACCUCCACUUCCUAUUGGCUCUCCCUCCUUCGGCACGCCUCCUCCCCUACCACCUGGAACACCCCCGGUUACCCCUACACCACCCCCACUCCCAAAAGGCACCCCUCCUCCAACACCCCCUGCCAAUGGGUCUCUGUUGGUACAGAGCGAGGGGGAGAUGGGAGUCGGGAGUGAGGAGGACGGACUGACCCUGGAGGAGCUGGAGGAGCAGCAGAGGCUUAUCUGGGCUGCUCUAGAAAGCACUGACAUAGCAACCAACAGCGAUUCUGAGACCGGUGCCAUGGAAACGCCUGUUCCCAGCUCUCCCAGUGUCACCACAACCGCACAGCUGGAUGCUGAGAUAGAGGAGGGUGAAGAGGAUGGAGAGGUGCGGACGGAGGAGACUACAAGCCGCAACGGUGAAGAGCUGAGUGCCGUUUCAUCCCCCGCGGAGGUCCUGAUGAUGGAAGUGGGAGAAGAUCAGAGCAAAAAUGAAUCAGACACAGACAGCCUUCCAAAGCAUAGUCAUGGAGACCAGAGCAAAGUGGAGUCAUUUGGUUAUGAGGAGUUCAUCGUCCUGGAUGAAAGUGGGGAUGAAGAUAGCGGUAAGGAAAAGGAUGUCUCCAGCCAAGCUGUCUCUGAAGAGGGUAAUACACCACAGACGUCUGCUCAGGAUGCUCCUCCAUCAGAGAAGCCUGAUGAUGGAGAGGAGGAGGAGCCAGUGGCAAGUAAGAUAACCUCCGUCCCUCACCGCAGCAAGUUUGCUGAGGGUAUCAUUCCAUUCGAGGACACGCCUGAGUUUACAGAGGUUGCUGAGGCAACCGGAGUCUACCUCAGGAUUCGGGACUUGCUCAAAGGCUCCCCGCGUAAUCAGGCCAAAAACAAAAAGUAAACUAGGAGAGCAUAGUCAGAGAACAUA